AAUCCAAGCUCCUUCAGAACUUGUACGUCAGUUUGCGGGCAACAAUUAUGCUGACACAGACUCCAUCCAAAAGAACGUCUCUAUUGAAUGUGUUACUUCCAUAGGACUGGUACGCUUGUUUUUUUACUAAGCUUCUUUAAAAUCCAAAAGUGUACUUUUAAAAGGGUUUCUGGAGGAAAAAAUAUGUUUUACCAUAAAGAAAUAACUUUGGAGGGGGGCGGGGGUGUUUGUGGGAAUUAAAGACUUACAUGUCAAGGAGUUGUGAUUAUUUAAGUCUGGACGCUGAAUUUUCUUAGGAAAGUGUCGAUUACGAUAAGAUAAUCAUUUUUAAAAUAAUACCAUCAACUCAUUGAUGGUUAGUGGAAUCAAACAAAGUGCAAUAGGUAUAUUUGUUACCUAGCAUUAUCGUGUGUUACACCUCAGAGGGAGACAUUUGAUGAAUUUCUGAAUAGUUCAAACAAAUUUUUGUUAAAACUUAUAAAGUCUGUCUCAAUAAUUUUUUUUUCAAUCCUUCAUAUGCAUUUGAUAUGGGAAAACAAAACCUUUAGCUCUCUUUCUGGGAUGCCAAUGAUCAUCCUCUAAUAUGCUAGUGGUCGUCCUCUCUAAAAUGCCUGUGGUUGUCCUCUGAUAUGUCAGUGGUCAUCCUCUAAAAUGCCUGUGGUUGUCCUCUGAUAUGCCAGUGGUCAUCCACUUACAUGUUAGUGGUCUCCCUCUGAUAUGGCAGUGGUAUAACUAUGCUAUGCCAGAGGUCAUCUGGCACCCAGAUCCAUAGCGGAGAAAAUUAAACUGAACUUGGUGAUUCUGCGUAGAUUACUAGAUCUCAUUAUGAACAUCCACAUUGUUACAAUAAGCUGAGAGUUUCUGUUUGCAUUUAGUAAAAUAUACUUUAAUAAUCUAUUCUGAAAUAUGAUGGCCUAGUUUGAAAACAAAACAGAAUUUUACCCUGCUAUAAUCAGUUUCAGACAGUGACGUUGUACAAAAAUGGGCCUCCAGUUUCCUUUCACAGCCUUGUGCCGCAUCCGGGCCUCUUUUUUAAUUUUUCCGUACAAGAGGUAAGUAUCAACAUAGGACACUUUUCUAAAUGCAUAGGGCCUAAGUUAAGGAUCUAAGGCAAGAAUUUACUAAUUUACGAAAAAAAAAUUGUUUCGCUAAUAUUUAAGUGAAGAUACGGGUACGCUAAUUCAUUGUAACAUAAUUCAAAUGUAUAAAAUACUGUAAACAGAAGGUUUCUUUAUCUAAAGCAACUCUCUCUGUCCUUUUAGUGACACUGACGAAUUUUAGGAUCUUGUUUAGGAAAGUCUUUAAGAUUAUUCUUUUUAAACCUUUCAUUACCGCUGGUUUUGUCAUCGAUUUUUGCUGACUCUGUAUUUUUUGGCUUUUUCACCAACUUUGAAAUACCAAGCAAUCUAAUUAGCGUUUGAUGUAAAUUUAAUAUGCAAGAAAUGCCCGUAAUUAAUGUUAAUGUAAUGUAUGCAGUUAAAAACUCAAAGAAGAAACUUUCUGUAUUUUCAUUCUCUAUCUCAUUUGCUUAUUAAUUUCUCUAUACAUUGAAGAACACAAGAAAUAUGUAGCAUUGAAAUUAUGACAUCAAUGUGACGUCCUUGGCAAUUCAGAAAAGUGCUUUGCCUCUUUGUUAUGACACAGUGUGACAUCUUUGGUAAAUGAAAGUGGGUGAUCGCUGUCGUAAAUGCGACGUCAGCACUAAUGAAUUGGUUAAUUAAGUGAUUGUUCAAUCUUAAAACAAAGUCCAUAACUCUUAUUAUUAGUUACCACAUUUUCCGACAUAUAAGAUGACUGGGCAUAUAAGACGACCCCUUACAUUUUCUGUUAUAACAUAGUUUUGGGCCGUAUACCAGCUUAUAAAAUGACCCCCGGCUUAUAAGAUGGACCCCCCCCCCCUGACUUUUGAAAAGAUUUUCAUGGGUUAAAAGUCGUCUUAUAUGCCGUAAAAUAUGGUAAUUUCAUUUUAACAAAAACAACUCUAGUUCUUGGCCCUUAAAGGGUUAAGAAUAACUGUUAAAAAUAAAUUUAGUAUCACCUCAGGCCAUAUCAAGUGAAACUGGGGAAUAUCUUGGGAGAUGAAGAUGAUAAAACUAGUGCAAGGAAAAAAAAACAGUUUUAUAACAUCAUUUUUAUCAGGUUAAGAUUUACAGAGAUUUUUUUUGCAUUUGAACUCUAUAAUCAUGUAUCCCAUGAAUUCUUUUAGCUUAAUCCAACAUGAUUCUUUUAGUUUACCCUGACAUGAUUCUUUUAGUUUACCCUGACAUGAUUCCUUUAGUUUACUCUGACAUAAUUCUUUUAGUUUACCUUGACAUGAUUCUUGUAGUUUAUCCUAAAAUGAUACUUUUACUUUACCCUUACAUGAUUCUUUUAGUUUACCCUGACAUGAUUCUUUUAGUUUACCCUGACAUGAUUCUUGUAGUUUACCCUAAAAUGAUACUUUUACCUUACCCUUACAUGCUUCUUUUAGUUUACACUAACAUGAUUAUUUUAGUUUACCCUAACAUGGUUCCUUUAGUUUACUCUGACAUAAUUCUUUUAGUUUACACUAACAUGAUUAUUUUAGUUUACCCUAACAUGGUUCCUUUAGUUGAUCCUAACGUGAUUCUUUAGCACAAAUUUUUAAAAGCUGGUUCUACAAUUAUUUUUUUUAAAAAAGGGAUGCAAUUGUAUAUUGUGAAAAUACAAUUCUGUUUCAUCACUAAUGAAAUAGUAUUUCAAUAUUUCACACAGUAUGAUUAAUCUGUCUCUAAGGUUUCUGACAUCGAUUUCAACCAAUACUUUCACUGUGAGGUUAAUGAUCUUAAAUACGGAUCCAUCCAACAGUCAGAAUUUGCCUUUUUACGCCUUACAGGUUAGUUUUUAUGAAUGUGUAGUGCUUGAACAGUUAUAUAAAUAAAGCUUUAGGAAAAACUGGAUGAUAUGUUCAACAACUGGCGGCUCUAACAAGUAACCAUGACCUUGCCAUUCUCCCAGCUAAUGAAAAUUUGACCGAUUUAAUUCAAAGAUUAAACAUAUUCUAAAACAGUAAGUUAACUCCAAAUGGGCAAUAAAUUAAAAAGAUACCUUCUAAUAAUUUUUUUGUUUCAAAUUUCUUUUAACGUUUUUGUGUGAAAAAUAUCAUUUUAUUUAUAAUUUAAAAAGAAAUAGUCAAUAAAGACCGGUUUUGAACUUUUCCUAAUUUUUGCUUUAAAAAAAAAAUAGUACAUUCUCUAAAUUUAUUCUGAUGUUAGCUAUUUAAAUAAACUGAAUGCGGAUUUUAAAAUACCUUUAAAAUACUUUAAAAAUGAAUUGGUCAUGUUAGCUAUUUAACUUAAUUUAGCUUACACUUUAGUUGAAAAUGAAAAUACAUUCUUAAUACAGGUACACAAACAUUUAAGCACCUCAUAACUUCCUAUUAGAGCAGCCGUUCUGAACCUGUGAGUCGUGACCUCUUUGGGGGUCAAAUGACCCUUUUCCAGGGGUCAACCAAGACCAUUGGAAAAGACAUAUGCUCAUCAGUUAUGAAGUAGCAACAAAAAUAAUUUUGUGGUUGAGGGUCAACACAACAUGGGGUACUGUAUUAAAGAGUCACAGCAUAAGGAAGGUUGAAAACCACUGUAUUAGAGGAAACAUUCUCACCAGUAUUUAAUACAAGUUAUUGCUCCCCCGAAAGCUGCUUUGUUAAUUCCUUUAGUAAUAGAAUAGUUUUCCUUACACUAACAACCAAAAGAAAAGAUAUUUGAUAUACAUUAUUGACUUGACCAGAUCUUAGUUAUAAAAUGCAAUCUCUUAUUUUAACCAGCUGACUAGACUAGAUAUUUGUUAAAUAAUGUUCCAUAUCACCAACUGACUCGGACAUACAUUUUUCAUUUUUCUCAGAUUACGAGAUCUAUUCACUGCACAUUGACCUGAUGUCCAAUGACAUGGCAGACAAACUUGCUGUGGUCAUGCUCAAGGCUUCAUUACUAAAUCAAUGGGCUCCUCAAACCUAUGAUCCCAAUUUCAACAAUCAUUCAAUUAAUCCAAAUUUAUCAUUACCUUUACCAUGCUCAUCAAAUGGGUCAACCCUUGUUGACCUCCAGUGCAACCUGGAUGAAGUUGUAAAGCCCUUGCAGAGUUGGCAGAUAAAACCAAUGCACUUUACGUAUGUUCUUUUGUAUACCAGUAUAUAUGAACUUAAAAAUGUUUUUUAGCUUUACUUUUACUCAACAUUGUUUUUUUAGCUUCACUUCACAUCGUUUUUUAGCUUCACUUAACAUUGCUUGUUAGCUUCACUUAAUGUUGUUUGUUAGCUUCACUUAACAUUUUUUGUUAACUUCACUUAACAUUGUUUGUUAGCUUCACUUAACAGUGUCUAGCACUACUUUUAAUUUUUAGCUUUGUCAAAAAAAAAUAUGUAUAAGAAUUAAUGAAAUUUCGCGUUUUUUUAUAUUUAUAUUUUUAAAAAUUGAAACAAAAUGUAGGCUUCUUUUUUUCAUUUCGCCAAUGCAACUCAAACAUCUACCUUAAAAUGUUUUUAAUAUUAAGACUCUAUUAUUGAUCUAAAUAAAUAAGGUUUGGAUUGCAUUGUUCAUAUUCAUUUUCAGUUUAUUGAUAAACUUAAUGAUAAAAUAAUUUAAAAAUUUUUACACUAAAGGAAAACCUUUAAAAUUUGAAAUAUUUUAAUGUUGAAAUGAUGAAAAAACAAAUUAAUUAAAUAUUUAUUUAUUUAUGUAUAGAAAAUUCACAAAAAGGGAAACUAUAAUAAAAGCUAAAUGAAAAAUAUCCCUACUUUAAAAAAAAUUAUUUCUUAUUCAUAUUAGAAACAUUUCAUAUUGUUUUAAUAUUUUAAUAGACUAUGCAUAGCAAACAUGUUAAAAAAAACUAUAUAUAUUCUUAUUAUAGGAUAUCUCUCAAUGUUGACAGAAAAAGUCUUGUGGCGUAUUUGUACCAGAAGAUCUCUGAUGAAACACAUACCAUUGAAGAUAUGAAUGAGACCAAGCUGGUGCUGGCAUCCAGAGCCAUAACAAACCUUUUCAAAAAGGUAUUAUUCCAACUCACCUAUUUUUCUUCUGAUGUAAAUUAUUAUUUUAUGGAAAUCUUUUUCAAUGCAAUUGGAUCCUAACUUAGAUCUUAGGGAUCCCUGACUAUGUCUUCCAUUGGAACGAAUUGACAAGGAUGAGAGAGUAAGGCUGAUGACUUUAGCAAAUCUCCCUCACUUUAAAUGAAAUACAGCUCACGUUAAGGCCACUACUCAAGUCCAAGCUUUGAUCAUCUUCAUACAUGAAGGGCAAACAAUAUUCAUUAAUUGUGUCAUCUCAUCUCACUUGUAGCCUAGUACAGUUCUCCCAUGUUCAUAUGUUCAACCCCUGUCUCACUUCCUCUGCUCAUUUCUCUAAUGUCCAUUUAUUCAGCCCCUGUCUCACUUCCUCUGUUCAAUUCUUCAAUGUCCAUUUAUUCAGCCCCUGUCUCACUUCCUCUGUUCAAUUCUUCAAUGUCCAUUUAUUCAGCCCCUGUCUCACUUCCUCUGUUCAAUUCUUCAAUGUCCAUUUAUUCAGCCCCUGUCUCACUUCCUCUGUUCAAUUUGUCAAUGUCCAUUUAUUCAGCCCCUGUCUCACUUCCUCUGUUCAAUUCUUCAAUGUCCAUUUAUUCAGCCCUUGUCUCACUUCCCCAGCUCAUUUCUCCACAAAACUUCUCAUGUAUCUUUUUGUUAAUUUAAAAAAAAAUUCUUCCCAGAUCUUUUUUAUGUUGUUGAUCUGUGCAAUCACGUAUUAAAUACCAGUAUAAAAUUUGCCAAGGAUAUAAACUUAAAAUGAUUCUCUAUUUUUUUUACUAACUUUCAGAGCCAGAAAAAACUUCCUCAGUUCAAUGUCAGGUCAGUUCAUGUGCGUAGCAUCGACUGGUGCUGGUCUGUAACACUCUUUGACAGCAUUACCAAUGACAAAUACACACUUCCCAAGUCUACCAUGGGAACAGUCUGGAAGAGUCCAAAUUUAUGUGCAAGGGGUAUUAAUACAUUUCAAUGUUAUUUAUUAGCAUUUCUUUAAAAAGUUUAAAGGAAGAGUCUUUAAUAAUUAUUUCUUACUAUAAAUUUUAUGUUUUUUAAAUUUAUUUAUUUAGGCAUUUUUUUUAUAGCGUUUACCUUGCAGCUCUAAGUGCUUUAUAAUUGUUAAAAAUAUGUAAACUAUAAACUGCUAAAGUAAAAUAAAAAGGAAAAAACCAGAGACACUACGAUGUGAAUAAUAAAAUAAUAAUGUUUUACUACAAUAAUAUUUGAUACAAUGUCCCUAUAAUUUCUGUGCAAUGUCCUUUAAAUGUCCUAACAACGUCUUAAAUAUCCUUACAGACCGUCAACCACUGGUGACCAUUAAAUGUGAGGGAGACAAGAUCAUUGGCCUAUAUUGGAGCAGUCGUGUAAACCCGCUCUGUGACUACUCAGCAAGCAAAUACCAGAGAACUAAUGUCACACACUCGCUACAAGCUGUAGCACAGGUCGGUUUAAUUUUUUCACUGUCAAAGUUCCUGUCAAGCAUUUUUUUGGUGAUUUGUAAAUAUAUCAGUAAGUUGGCAAAGCUCUUCUAAUUCAUAGUUUGCCUGAUUAUGAUAUUGGCGUCAUUUUCUAAAACAACUUUAUUUGAAUACAUUUAGUGCUUGGCAACUUUUCUGUGUGUCUCCUUCCAUAUUAUUUGAUCCAUGGACGAUGGACUUAAAUUUCAAAAUUGUGUUUGGGUGGUGGGAAUCAGGGGAGGGGUGGAGUUGGUUUUUAAUGAAGAAAAUAGGGCUAACAGCUUCCUACUAUGGUCCAGAGGCCAGAACAAGCCCACAAAUGGUUCUUAACCUGGCUGUCCUGGUCAUGAAUUGGUUACCCAGAUAGGAAUGACAUAUACAAAAUAGAACAGGGGUAUUAGAUGUAUUGAGACAAAAGCAGGGCCAUACUCCAUUGAUGUGCUAAUGAAAUGAUGUUUGUUAAACUAUCUCUUUUUUCAAAAUUUUGUAUUUUCCUGUUUUUUGUGCUUCAAAUUAGAUAUUUUGAGUGAGCUAAGGAGUUAAUCUAAUUUUUUUCAAAACUCUAGCCAGCCCCCCAACAGUGUCUGUUGGACACUUAACUGGCCCCCAUGACUAUAUAGUUUGAGGACCACUGGCCUGGCGAUUUACUUUAAAAAAAAAUAUUUUAAUCAUUCAUAAAAGUCAUUUUAUUGAUAGGAAUAUAUUAUUUUAUUAUGUUUUUCUUUACAUUUAAACCAGUCAAACAUCACAAAAGUAAAUGUUGAGGAAAUUGUGAGCUCGACAAGACGAACAAUCCUGGAGCUGGAUAUUAGCACGGUUAUACCUGAAGAUGUCGCUUAUAUCGCAGACAUUCUCCAGAAGUCCAGUGAUAUCAGGGUUCAUAGUCUGGCCGCUGUGCAAGGGAUGCUCGAUAUUGCUGCUUCCUUGAGGAACUUCUCAGAUCAUGUCUUAGCAGAGUCCCAGAGAUUAGGGAAUGCCCCCAACAGGUUUGUACUCAGAUGCUAAAAUGUGUUUGUCUAUGGAACAAUACAUUCUGAAUAAAUUGAUGUGUCGAAUUAAUUACUUUUUAUAAAAUGACUAUAGUCUUAAUACCUAAAUUCUUGGAAUUUUAUAUGCUGAUUUAUAAUUUAAACAGAUGUUUAAAAUUUAGUUCAAUGAUCAAUAGCUCCACUUAAAAAUAUCUCCUCUUCUUUGUUUCAUAGCUACAGAUAAAAUGUCUCCUCUUCUUUGGUUCACAGUAAAAGUUACAAUGUCUCCUCUUCUUUGGUUCAUAGUUCAAGUUAAAAUGUCUUCUCUUCUUUGGUUCAUAGUUACAAUAGAUGAAGUUAAUAUGGUUUUAAUCUUCUUACCACUGUAAGUUUGAUUUGUUUCAAUAGCUAUUUUAGACUAUGAUAUGGAAUGGGUGCUUUGAAAUUGGUGUUAUGAAAUUAAUGCUAAGAUCAAGACAAUAUGAACUAGAUGAUAUGAAAUGGAUAAUGAACUGGAUGAUAUGAACUUGAUGAGAUAAAAUGUAUGAAAUGAACUAGACAAUAUGAACUAGAUGAAAUGAAAUGAAUGCUAUGAUCUGGAUGAUAUGAAAUGGAUGAUAUGAUCUAGAUAUGAAAUGGAUGAUGAUAUGAAAUGGAAGGUAUGAUCUGAAAGAUAUUAAAUGGAUGAUAUGAACUGGAUGAUAUGAACUAGAUGAGAUGAACUAGAUGAGAUGAACUAGAUGAUAGGAACUAGAUGAUAUGAAAUGGAUAAUAUGAAAUGGAUGAUAUGAAAUGGAUGUUGUGAACUAGAUGAUAUGGAAUGGAUGAUAUGAUCUGGAUGAUACGAACUAAUCUGUAUUGAUAUGGCAUUUUUUGUUUUGAAUUUAGAAUUUUAAAGAGCCUCGAUCAGUUAGGAGGUAAGGUUGACAUUGGGCCUGAGAAAUAUUACCAGCGAAUAACUUCCGGUGGUGUCGGCCUGGAAGUUUGGGACCUUAGCCGUAUCAAUGACAGUACAUUUGUUGUGGGAAUUAAGGUAUGUAUUGUUAUGAUUUAAACUGCGAUGAGCUUGAAACUGUAUUCUCUAGUUGAUACAGAAUAAAAUGUUACAACUAAAUUGAGUCAAACAGUUGUUCCAAGCUGAAAUAAAAUCCACCAUUUGAUAAAAUCCACCAUUUGAUAUUUUUUUUCCUCCAGAUGUUGUCAUGUGACAAAACAGAGGUUCUCUCUUCAGAAAAUCUCAUCACACUUUUCAGAGAUGACCAGGUUGAUUACAGGCAUGAGGAGGUUGCCAUUGUGUUACACAAAGAUUUCAUCAAAGUAAGUUAAUUACAUAUUUUAUACGCAUUCCCGAAUUCCACCCUCCCCCUCUCCCCCAAGUAAGAAAACAUGUUUGUUACCUCAGGUUAUGAAAUGAAGUUUAAGUAAAUAAUAUUGAGACAAUUUAUUGACUUCAAAAUGUGUAUUUACUUUUUAAACAUUCUAGACACAAUGAUAGAACUUUAUAUUUUUUUGGCCAUUUGUGGGGGGUUGGCUCAUUGAUAUACCAAUGUGGCUAUUGUUUGAUGUUUAUUAUGUAUGUUUGAUAUUUUUGCGUGAGUUAGGGAUGACAUACUUUUGCGUGAGUUAGGAGUGGCAUAGUUUUGCAUGAGUGAGGGUUUGCAUAGUUUUGCGUGAGCGAGAGUUGGCAUAGUUUUGUGCUUGAGUGAGGGCUUGCAUAGUUUGCAUUAGUGAGGCUUUGCAAAGUUCCUAUGUCUUGAAUAGCAGAUUUUAAAUAAGAGUGAUGAGGUGCUUGUAUUAUUAUUUAUAAAUAGAAAUAACCCGCCAAACAAUUGCAGCCGGCAAUGCUCAUGUGGGAACUCCCAUCUUCUAAAGUCAAUUAAAAAAAUAUGCAUCUAGAAAUACCCCGUCAAACACAACUUGUAAGAAUCCCUAUUUGUUCCCUAUUUUAUCUAUUUGAACCUAUUUAUCACAGCAUGUUCCCCUUUUGAACACAGUGUUCCAGCCAUGCAUCGAUACAUUCAUUGCAUAAAGAGUUAUUAUUAUUUUUUUUAUAAACCUUGUUAUAUUCACUACUGCUAUGUUGAUUAAUAGGCCAUAAGUGGAUUUCUAAGCUUUUGGCAACAGAAUCUUUUGAAUAAAUUUACAGGCCCUUGUAAGUAAAUAUUCUGGCUCAAAUAUCAGACUGUCCAUGAAUGUCUACCAUGACACAACACUCUUCAAAAAUAGUGUACUGGAGAACAACAUCAGUAAGCCAUCUCUCAACAGUAGAGUCAUAGCUGCACAUGUAAGUAUGAAAUCAUUUGUGGAUAUUAGCAGGCUUUAUUUUUUAAAAAAAACUUAUUUAAAAAUUGAACAAAUUAACAGUUUUUUAAAAAUACCAACUUAUUUUAAUCCAAAUUAGGUUCAAACCAUGAGCUCAAUUUUAUUCAAAAUAAUUUUUAUACAUUACACAUUUAGUUUUUUGAAUUUGUUUUUUUCAUAAUUUUUACAGGUUUUCUUGAAAUAAACAUGAAUGUCUUGAACUUUAAUUCAAAUAGAGGAAGAUAAUCUUUUAUUCUUCUGGAAUUCUUCUGAAGGGUCUCCAAAAAAAACUAGGCGGCGUCCACAUGGGGUUUGCCUCUUUGUGGCAUGGCAGACUAGCAGGGUGAACUUGUCCUCUCGAAGUAAAAAACCCUGGGCCGAUGGCAUGACUCAUUAUGUAAAAGACAUAGUAAUGCAAUAACAUGAUUACUUGUUGCCGUUACUGGACAUGAAGCUUGGGUGGCGGUAAAAACCCAUGCCGAUGAUUUUAGCUAUGCAGCCUUGAGAAAGCUGCUCCAAGGCAACUGUUUCAUCCCGGAUAGAAAAAGUCCAGAUCAAAGGACUCCGUGGGCGGUGGGGCAUGGUAUUGCAACACCUUUUCUCCAGAGUGGAAGAAAACCCGCCCAUAACUUUAGGGAGAGUUGACUGUGAACCUUUUAAAUGCAGUUUUAAAAUGCGGUUUUCUUGAAAUAAACAUGAAUGUCUUGAACUUUAAUUCAAAUAGAGGAAGAUAAUCUUUUAUUCUUCUGGAAUUCUUCUGAAGGGUCUCCAAAAAAAACUAGGCGGCGUCCACAUGGGGUUUGCCUCUUUGUGGCAUGGCAGACUAUCAGGGUGAACUUGUCCUCUCGAAGCAAAAAACCCUGGGCCGAUGGCAUGACUCAUUAUGUAAAAGACGUAGUAAUGCAAUAACAUGAUUACUUGUUGCCGUUACUGGACAUGAAGCUUGGUUGGCGGUAAAAACCCAUGCCGAUGAUUUUAGCUAUGCAGCCUUGAGAAAGCUGCUCCAAGGCAACUGUUUCAUCCCGGAUAGAAAAAGUCCAGAUCAAAGGACUCCGUGGACGGUGGGGCAUGGUAUUGCAACACCUUUUCUCCACAAUAGAAGAAAACCCGCCCAUAACUUUAGGGAGAGUUGACUGUGAACCUUUUAAAUGCAGUUUUUUCUGUUGACUGGACAUCCCCCAGGCUAGGAAAAGGCUCCUAGCGUGCUGCGGCAUGUUUUGGCACCAGGGAGACACGGCAUCUGGCCAAUAUGGAUGUGUACAGGGGGGGGGGGAUUAAAAGCUUGCAUAGCUCAACGGCCUUCUACCAACACCAUUUCCCAAUGUGACAUAGUCUUCUGGAGACUUCAUUAGAAGCAUCAUGGUUCUUUUUCCUUAAAAAUAUAAUUUAAAUGUGCAACACAUUUUUUUCCUCAGCUGAUAUUGAAUGGUCUGCCAAUCACUAACCUGGGCCCUUACACUGUCAAGAUUGUGUUUCAGCCAAUCAAACAGUCCCAGUUGAGAGCUAAUCUGACAAAAUGUGCCUCAUGGGACUUUGAGGCCGAGUCAGGUGCUGGGGGCUGGUCAAGCCAGGGAUGUGUGUACAAAAAAUCCAUUGAUGGCAGGGACGUUUGUGUUUGUGAUCAUCUUACAAACUUUGCUCUCCUCACGGUGAGCAUCUUUUUCAUAUUAACCAGAAAUCAACUGUGUAUGUGCACACUUUAUAUAGCAUCCAUACCUGCUUUGUGUGUGUACAUGAUCUAUAGAAAUCUGUGCACAUGCAAGCCAAGAGACACGAUUUACCCCUUCUUUGUGUGUAGUUCAAGGUGAUGAUUUUUAUUAACUGAACAAGAUUUUAUCGAUAGUUUAUACAAGAACUUAACAGUUUGAAACAAAUCUGUGAAUCCAUUGGUUUUAAUUGUUGUAACAUUGACACUGGUUUCUGUUCCAAUAAUUUUAACCUUUGACCUUGGUUUCAUUUGCAUUCAUUGAGUGAGUGUAUUUUCUAAGGGUGGUCCACAUGAUUUCCAAAGGCUCAUGCAUGGUUUAGUUUUUGGUUGCAAAUAUCCCCCUUACAUUUUUAGUAUAGAUUACUUAAAGUAAUUUGAACCUUUUCUAUCCAACUAAUUUACAUCAAAUACCCUCUUGAAACUUCAAAAAAAUCAUGAGUAUAUAAGCGUUUUUUAUGAUAUUGAACAAAUAUUUAUUUUAUUCACUUGUGCAAAUGUUGUUCUUCCAUAACAUGUUUCACUGAUGGAAAUAGUGGGGAGAAGAUUUUGUAUUUUUAAACUUUCAGAGUUUCUAUGAUGAAGUGUGUCCAAAAAAUGAGAAUGAGUUUGCUGUGACCAUCAUCGCCAUUGGCGCACUGGCCUUAUCAAUUCUAGGACAUUUGUUAUCCGUUCUUUCAUUCAUGCUCAUCAAGUAAGUCCUUCAUCUUUGAAACCAAGUGUUUCCCAGGUAGAUGUAUAUUAUUCAGGGUUCCCGCUGCCUCCUGAAAUUCCAGGAGCUCCUGGAAAUCUCCUGGAAUUUGAAAACAAAUGAUAAAAUCCUGGAAAACUCCUUAAAUUUUAAAAUUUCUCCUUAAAUGUCCUGAAAUUUUUGUUUCCACAGAGGGAGGGGUAAAAAAAAUCUUGUUCGCGAUAGUUAUUUUAUAAAUUAAUAUUACCGCUAUAUUCAAUUCGUAGUCUAUUUUUAGCCAUUCAUUUAUCAAAACGAGUUUGCCAUAAUAAUUCUAGUGGUUUCCCCUUAACUGCGCAUGCGCUUUACGAGUUUCGGAUAUGAAAUGUCGUACCGUAAUGCUUUGAUAGACAAGAAGUUUUUUUCGUUCCGUUCAGUUCGCCGUUCAACUAAUUUAUUUGGUAAGUAUAGUGUAAAAUACAGUAAAUAGAUAUUUAUCUGUAGUUAUUUAAAUUUUUGGUAACUAUUAUUAAUAUUAUGAAUAGAAAACUACGCGCCCGAUUGCUGUAUAAUUUGACUAAGCUUAGCCAAUUUUUGUUUCUAAAGUUGAAGUUUUGUUAGUUUUACCGUAGUGUAGGUUGUCCAAACUGGAGAAAGCGUAGUUUUAGUUUUGGGGUUAUUUUCCGAAGUUUUCAAAAACAAAAAUUAACUUACUUAUAUAGUAGUUUUAAAGGAGUACAAUUGAUAUGAAUAUGUGAAUAAAGUUUAAGUCUUUAUCUGACGAAUUAUCUUAUUACUUUUAUGUCUUUAACACGAGUUUGAAAAGUAUCAGUUUUGACCAUUAUAUUAUACGGCGUUUUCGUAAGUAUGGUGUUGCAAACGCUCGCGGCUGUUACAGUUUGCAAAGAAGAUGAAUUUGAUUUUUAUUUAUAAAUAUUAACAAAAGGUAGUAAGUAGUAGGCCUUUUUUUAUAACAAUUAUAUUGACACAUAUUUUUUUAAACAUAGUUUAUAGUGAGUGCUAGGCCUUUUUGUAAGUUAAGUUUAGUUAGGCCUUCUAAAUAGGAGAAUACUAAAUAAAAAAAUUAAGUUAUGUUAUUUUUGCAUGUUGUAGCAUAGUUUACGAUGACUUUAAAAAUGACUUCGGAACUUCAUUUUAAAGUUAUUAAAACUAGCUGAUGCAACCAUUGAGCUUCACAUUACUUUACAUAGUUAGUCCUUAUUUAUACACGUAGUUAAAAAUUAAGUGAUGCACCCCUGUGCUCUAGGUAUAGGCCUACUUUGCGGUAUUAUAAGCACAGUUGGGAGGGGAAGGGGGGGAGACUUCCGAAAUUUAAAAAAAAAAAAGUGGUUGCUUGGUCGCUGACCCAUUCCCCUGUUUAAAAUCCGGACUAAGCAGUUACAUAGGCAUAUGCCUAUAUUAGUUUCUCUUCUGACUCUGUAUUAUUAUUAAUUUAGUACCGGUAUAACUUAUAAUAUAGUCAAUAUUAUAGACCUAAUAUGAUAAUAAAUUAAUUCUAUUUUAUUUCACUAUUCAAGGUCUAGGGUAAAUAAAUGCCCAACGGUUCCUUUGAGGACUGAUAAUUAAGAUAGCAAUCCUGAUUGAACAAGCCAUCACUGCUACUCUAUACUAGAUAUUGACUCUGAACUGAGUCAAUCCCAAGCUAGUGGCUAGUGUACUGGAGUUCUAUCCCCAGAAAAUGCCUAGACAAGCAAAAACAUCACCAGCAUGCCGGGUAGAUGGAACUCGUUAACUUUGAAUGGCAACUCAACUUGGAGAAGGAAAACUAUGAAAUCAAACCCGGAGAUGGAGACCCGUAGACGUUAUGACAUUGACUCAAUGAAAAUUCUGACAAAAUCCUAUGACGUAGAAAGCAUAAAGAGCAUAGUGAAACACACACACACUCAAUCUGGUAAUCUACUGCAUCCUGAUCUAUAUCCAGUCGUCUUGACUAAUCUUACCAUUGAAUCAAAUAGGCAACGACGAGAGAGUGGCUCUGGCGAAUUGAGCAACUCUCCCUAAAUUUCAACAAAAUACAGCUCACGUCAAGGCUACUGCUCCAGUCUUAGGGAUCUUUAUGUGUACAGGACAAAACAAAAAUACUGUAAAUAUAUGAAAUAUAUUUGCAGGACAGUUCUCGGAUGCCAUGAAAAUUAGGGGAAAAUGAUCAACAAUGAUAAACAACAAUCAUCUGAGUCUUCCUCUAGUUCAACUUCAGUUUUUUCACCUACCUCGGGUGUCCACUUUUGCAACUUCCUAGUCAAGCUCCUAGGUUAUGUGUACCUUCGGAAAUAAAUAUGACUUACUUGUGAAUAAAAUGGAUUAUCUUAUAACUUUAUUAGUUGUUUGUUAUCCAACAUCAAGUGCAUCUUAUUUUUAAAAAAAACCAAGUUACUCAAUUGUAUGUGAACUCGGGGCCAGAAUAUCUAUACCGGUACAUACCUAAAUCAAAUAAUUGCUAUAGCAUUGGCAAUCCUUAGAGUAAGUUCAGGUACUAUGUAAGUGCAUUUAUGUCCUGUUACUACAAAAAAAUUGUAUAAGGGUAUAGGGUCUCUCCGUUUUUUACUCUUUAAAAAAUGUCCUGGAAUUUUGUAUUUUCUCCUGGAAAACUCCUGGAAUUUGUUUUUAGAUUUGGUGCAGGAACCCUGAAUUAUUAAAAUUAUUUUUUCCUCUCUUUACAGAAUAUCUAUUAGCUUUUCAUACAUUAUUUUAUUUUACAUCAGUAAUUGUCCAGAUAUUCACACAAUUGAUGCUGUGGUAACAAAUUUGUCAACCACAUGGAAUUCUUAACACAAUUGAAAAAUACAUUGUUAGUAAUGUUAUUAUCAUGUUCAUUUAUCGACUCCUUCAAUAACUGUUAAAACAAACCAACUCAUUCUCUUGUUUUUUUUUUUCAGAAGUGUACGGCAAGAUCGAGUUCAAAAGAUACAGUUCCAGCUGAGCCUGGCACUCCUCAUGUCCCGGGUCAUGUUCCUAGUUGGAGUGACCCAGACACUGUCCAACACUGUAUGCAUCGUAUUGUCAGUUCUACUUCACUACAUGAUCCUGUCCUCAUUCAUGUGGAUGUUGAUGGAGGGAAUCUUGCAGUAUCUGCUCUUUGUUAAUGCCAAGAAUACAUACUUCACUAACUAUAUGUGGAAGACAUCCAUACCAGCAUGGGGUACGUUACAUAUAUCGAAAUCACCAUGUGUUAGACAUUCGUACCAUCAUAGGCUUGACAAACUUUCCAGUAUAGGGUGGGUACAUUAAACACCUAUGCCAUCGUGGGUUCCAUCUCAUCCACAUCUUUGUAUCAGCCUUGGUUAUUUUAGACAUUCAUACAAGCAUGGGAGAUGUUAGUCAUCUAUAUAUGAAUGGGGUGCAUCAUAUUUUUGACACAAUAUCACCAUGUAGAAUAAAUGAAAUACUCACUUACUAGGGUUCCUUUACUUCCUUCCAUUUAUAUUCUAAUUUGAAAUCUUAAAUUAAUUGUACAUUAACAAUACUUAAAUUCUUUAAAUAGGGUUUGUCAUUUCUAUGAACAGAAAACGUCACAUUGCAUUAUGGGAUGUUACUAUUUUUAGACAAUGUUUUGUUAAACAUAGCUUCUACUUCUAAGGAUGUAUUUCCAAGUUAAUAUAGCAGGAAAUUUUUAAAAAUAAAAUCUUAAGUAAAAUAACGUUGUAAACACGUUUUCGUCUAGGUUAAGACCCACUAUGCUGGCUCACAUAACGUAGUUGUUACCAAGCAGCUGUUGAGAAAUUAGCCAAUUGGAUACCAGGACGUUUUAUUAAUAUCUUCAUGAGAUUGGCCAGACUUUAUGCCCAGGUGUUCUAUGAAAAUAUUUCCUCCAUUAAAUGACAAAUGUCUAGUACUUCUGGCUAUAAUAAGUACAUUGCCUAUAAAUAUAAAUUCUACACAUACUAUUUUUUAAAAUAAAAACAGUAUAUUUAGGCUUUAAUUAUCAUGAGAGAAAAUAAAAAAAAUUAACAUAUUGUUUAAUGCCUUUAUCAGUACAAAAAAUAAAAUUAGUUUAAAUUAAAUUUUACAUAAUAUAUUAAUAUCCUACAUACUAUAAUAUACAGUAUUUUCAGGCAUUUUAAAAGGUGUAUGGCUUACAAGAUUUAAUUGGUUUUCAAGGAUAAAGAUUUUUUUCCCCAUGACACAAAAUAAAAUAGAAGCUAACUCUUUUCAUGCCAGGGGGUUUUCCACAUUUGCGCCAGACCAGUUUUCGGCCAAUGAAAUUAUUUUAUUAUUCUCUAAUCCAUAAAUGAAUUUUGAAUACCUUUUUUUUAUAGCAAAGAUAGUUGUAUAGAAUAAUAAUAGGUAAAAGAUAAAACAAUACGACAAUAAUAGUUUACAUUCUAUUGGUAAUAUUAUGAGAUCAAAAUUUAAUAUUUUAAAAAAUGCACACCAAAUCUGAACUUAUAGGACUACUAUAUGGUCUGUGUAUGUGGUAUCUUAUUCUGCUUCAAUCAUCAGAAAAGAUCAGAAUGCAUUUUACAUUUUAAAAAAUAUUCCAUUUAGUGAGUUACACACAUUUUGUAUUGUUUAAGUCAACAGAAGAAAACAGUUUCUUUUCAUAUGUAAAUACACACAUAUGUCAAACACAUUAUUUACAAAAUAUUUUACUUUAGUACAAAUUUCUUUCUGUGUGGUCCUUUCUGAAGCACUACUUAACACACCAAUAGGCCUUCCUGUGCAUUCAAUGCACACAUAGCAGCCACAUUUGUUUAUUUUGUUCACUGAUCAGUUUGCACAUUGUCAGUCAUGCCUGUCAUAGCCAACCAGGUGAUUAUUUUCACUGAGAUCUCAUCUGCACUGUUGAUAGGCAUUUUCCCUGGCUUUGAUAGGAUGAGCAAUUACUAGGGGAAUUGGUGUUUCAGGGUUCUGGGCUUUUGAAACUAUUCUUGCUGCAUCUUUUCUGCCUAAUUUCCGACUGCUCUUUGCAGGAACAGGAGUAGUAAUAUCUGAAUCCUCAAUGUCGCAUUGUAAAAAAGUGGUUUUUAGAUCCUUACUAAUAAAUUCAUAACUUUUGAGCCACUUGAGCUAGAAAGUUGAACUUGGUGUUUUUGUAAUCCAUACUGUAUGCUCUUUACAGCUGAAGAAUUUAUAUUUUAUAAAAUGUUUUAAAAGUUUUACCAAAGUGCCGACUGUCACUACUAUUACUCUCUUCCUCUAUUUCCAUUUGGCAUUUACUGACCCAUCUGAAAGCUGAAAAUCAUUACUGGAAUCAGAUUCAAAUGAUGGUUACUGUCCAAUGUUUCAGCAUCAAUAAUUUGCAAUAAAAGCUAUUUUUGUGUAGACUUGACUACCUAAAUAAAUAGGAAAAAAAAGGUCAAUAUUAUUCGAAAAAACAAAAUUAAUGUUAAGAAACCCUACUUCCAACAGGAAGGAAGAGAUUUUGUUCAUUUUAGAACAUUAAAAGUAGAAUUGAUAGUCGUAGGUUAUAAACUACAGGAAUUAAAUAGACUAAAGAUUGUCAAUAGGCACAAAUGCAGCCAGUCAAAUAUAUUGUCAAUUGGCAGAAAGUGUUAAAUCCUAUAUUUGGUCCAUUCACAAUGACCUUUAGUUUUGUUUUGAUUAGUAUGACUGACGUUAGGCCAGUAUCUACAUAAUAUACUGAUAGCUUUUACAGGAAUCUUUAUUAUAAUUGCUACUUUGAGUAGCGAACUACCCCAAUAACAAAUAUAUUUAUGAAAUAAUCUUAGUAACUGCAGUUUCAGUUUCUCUUAAUUUCUAUUAAAAUAUUUAAUAUUUGAUUUUGCUAAAAUUAAAUAGCUUUAUUUGUAAUUAUUUUUAAAACAGAUUAAUAAUAAAAUGUUAUACAUAAUUGGAUUCAGAAUUUAAUUUUCUAUUGAUACCAAUUAUGAGAUCACUGUUAAUUAUAGUUUUAUUUAUGGCAAAAAUUUUAGGUUUUUAGGUGUGCUAUUUAUUAUUUACAUCAAUGGUAUCCAUUUUCACAACAUAGACACAUUUCAAGCAAUUUUACAAACACUUGUAUUCAUCAUGCCACUUUUAAAAAUACUAAAAUAAAUUAUAAAAAAUUGUGAAUUUUAAAAAUUACCUUUUAAUGUUAAAGAAUAUAAGGCAAGUAUUUCAUGACAGAAAUCUGUGAUUUUUAGGUACUGAUAUAAGUGGAGAUAAAUAAUUUUAACAUAUUUUAUAAAAUAAUACACCACAUUGGGUACAAAUAAACAAAUAUCAGUAUGAAAAUUGACAAUUUCUAUUUUCCAGAAAACUCAUAUAUUUUAACAAAGGCAGCAAGCACAUUAAGUCCUAAAUCUUCUAUCAAUUGUAUAAAUCUGAUAGAUUUUUCACAUUAUUUCUUUACUGUAAGUAACCAUUGCAGUUUAAACAUCAUGCCAUUGCUGUGUUAUAAUCAUUCAUAUUGCAGCUGCAGAAACAUGAGCAUUGUCAAACAAUGUGUGUCACUGCCUGAUUAAUUCCAAUAAGGAACUAAAAAGACUACCAGAUCUUUUUAAUUAUUAAUUAUUCAAGAUAUCCAUUAUAUCAUGGGAAAAAAAUAAAUAUUGACUUUAAGCCUAACAAUAGAAAAUUAAUAAAAAUGAAAGAAUAAGCCUAGACUACUGUUGUUUUCUUCUACUAAUCAUAUUGUUGUCAAUAUUAUUUGUAUUUCUUCAAAAGCUGAUGUAUUUCAUCAACUAAUUUUAUCACACUCCAAUCAACAGAACUAUUUAAACUGUUUUGAUAUUGAAUCUGCCAGGACCAGUAGUUAUUAAACCAUAAAAAAUUCAUUAUUCAAAUAUUAAGUGGUAAAUUAAGAGGCUGAUCAUGGGAAAAUGGCAAACUAUCACCCCAUCGGACGUCUCAUAAUGACAGAUCUUUUAAUCGCUAUGGGUAAGGUAUCUGACUUCACAAUGUUUUAAAAUUUCAUUGCUAUCAAAUGCUUAUCACACAAUUUUUUUUUCAAUUCUAGGUCUACCUGUUAUUUCUGUUGCAACUGUUUUCAUCAAAGACCCUGAACUUUAUUCUGGUGGAACCAAAUGGUAGGUAAAAGUAUAUAUUUUUUUUUCAGAACUGUUGAAUUGUUUAUUUAUUCUGAUUGUAAAUGUCUGUUCUUUAGUAAUAUGCAACAUUUUUCAAAUUUAAUUAAACAACCCAUAAAAACAAAGCUUUUCAUAUGAGUAUCACACUUGAUAAAAAUCUCAAAUAGUGCACGCUACCCCCCCCCCCCCCCCACAACCGGGUAUCAUAGAAUGCAUAAAAAUAAAGAAUCUCAUUUAGCGCAGUUAUCUGGAAUUUUCUUUCAUGUUCCCCAUGAAAAAUAGGAGAAACCUGAUUUUUGGGGUUGCAGGGUGGAUUGUGAGGCUGAAGAUUUGAUAGAAUGUGUUGUCAUCGUCAACGAGACUAUGUGCCAAGUUUCAGUUUCAAAGGUUUACAGGAAAUGGGCCAAUUAGCUGUCCAAAGAUUUUGCCAGCCACCCAACCAGCCACCCAUGAACAAAAGCAAAAGUGAUAUAAAGUUAAUAAAGGAUUUUAAAAAAAUGCCCUCUCUAUAAUGAUCAUUGUGAACGUAAAUAGUGCCUUACUAGGAAUAGGAUAUUGUAUUUGAAAUUAAUCUUCAUUAAAUUGAAGAUAUCCAUUGUGUCUCAUCAUUUUUUUGGCUUAGACAUAUUUUAAUGAUUAUAGACACUGAUAUUUUAGCAUAUGUCUUGGUCUUAUUGUAGUAAUAUAAUAUUUUUAGAAUAGGUCAGAUUAGGCUACUUUAACCUUAAAGACUUAAUUACUAAUUAUAUCAUGAAAUCUAUUCAAAAGAUAUUUACAUUUUUAUGUCUGUUUAUUUCGUCCAAAGUAACCACUUUGUCUCAUUCUAAUUUGCAUGUGUCUAUUUUGUACAAAGUAGCCACUUUGUCUCAUUCUAAUUUGUAUAUGUCUGUUUAUCUCAUCCCAAGCAGUCACUUUAACUCAUUCUAAUCCCCAGCUGUUGGAUGUCACUGCCAUCCCUUAUCUACACCUUUGUUAUCCCCGUUGGCCUGAUUGUCUUGACCAACAUCAUCAUUUUCAUCAUGAUUGAGGUCAGCUUGUGCCGUAGGAAGGACUUGAUUCAAUACACAUCGGUUGGUCAGAAUGAGACUGACGUCAAUAUAAGGGCUUCGUUCAUCUGUUUUUGUGUGCUGAGUGAGUGCAGUUACAUAAGUGCCUGGUUGUAAUUCUGGUAGUUGUUGUGGACAAAUCAAACAGUAAUUGAACAAUACCCAUAAUAAUAUAAAUAAACUGCAUUUAAAACAAUAAUGUUUCAAUGUCCACAUAAUUUAUCAUCUAACAUUUAAUUUAUUCCUGAUUGAUUUUAAUAAUAAUAUAGGUUAUAUUAAUUAAUGUUACCCAAUUUUUUUGGGAACACUUGUGAUGGAUUUUAAUUUUUAAUUUUUGAAGUUUAAAAAAUACUCUCAUAUGAUAUGGAAAUAUUUUGUCCAAGGUAGGGUAAAACCUGAAAAGAGGUCUCAUAUAUUAUGUAAGAUAAUGAUUUAACUGAUUGAGGAGGGAGAAAAUUCUGCUAAAAUAAUGUUUAUCAUUAGCCAAAGUUCAAGGAAUAGAAUUUAGCCUCCUAUGGACAUUUAGAUCGACAUCAUGUCACAGAAGAAUGUGCUUCAGCUGCAUCAAAACAUCAUAUUUGUUGGAAAUCGUUGUAACUUUGCUCAAGACAAAAAAAAGUGUACAAAUAUUAUGGAAAUGGUGAAUUGAGUUUCUCCUAUGAGAAUAACAUUCCAUCAAGUCCAUGAGUAAUUUAAGAACAUUUGAAUAGUGACGACAUAAGUUCUAUGAAAACACAAACACAGCACAAAGGUUAUGUUUGUAUAUUUAAUACUUCUACAUUUCAUUGUGUGAAUUUCUUCUGUAAAGAAUAAUAAUCAUAUUACUGGUAACUAUAAUUCUGAGCAUGCUUAAAAUUGAAUAAGACAAGUGUGGGUGGGGGGUGGGGGGGGGAAACGGCUCAGGAUAGGUUUAUUACUUAUUUUGUGUGUGUUAAGAAUAUUUUUUAGAAACACUGUUAUUAAUAUAUUGAUUUUCUACUGAUUAUAAAAAAAACAUGGCCGCAAUACAUCUUACAGUUUUGUUUACUUACCGUUUCAGGUCUGCCCUGGAUAUUUGGUUUCCUUGCCAUAGACGAUGCCCCCGGUGUUUUCCAGCUCAUAUUUUGUAUAUCUGCAGCACUGCAAGGCUUUGUUAUUUUUUUGAUGAUGACUGCACGAGAUAAAACUGUGUCUGCAUUUUGGUUCUCAAAGUUGUCCCUGCUUUGGAUAUACCAUAAAAGAAUAAUAUAUAGAGGAAGUUACAGCUUUCAGGGUUAG